ACGGGAGAACCCGAGACCCCACUUCUCGCGAUAAGAGCCGUGGCGUCCAGGCUUUGGGUCAAGCAGUUAGUGAUGGAGCUGUAUGACGAACUGCCUGAACCUCCGCGGGCCCCUGUAUUGUCACCACCUGAUUCUGGACCUGCUCACCUGAACUCCACUGGCAAGCGGAAAGCAGAAACAACUGACUCGGAGGACAGGGAAGGCUGUCAUCAGGAAAAGAAAGUUUGUAAAGGACUUCUUACUUUAAAAGCUCAUGUAGCCGAGAGAAGAGGAGAACGAGAGGAGUUGCAGGAUGCUCAUACCAUAUUUGACCUAAGCCAGGAGUGUCAGCCAAUGCCAGCUGACAUUUCACGUUUACUAUACUUUGCGGUGUUUGAUGGUCAUGGAGGUAACCGAGCUGCACGGUUUGCUGCUCACAAUCUACAUCGGAAUCUCCUGAAGAAAGUACCUCGAGGCGAGGGAAGCAGUGUAGAGAAGGCAAUGAAGAGGUGCAUAUUGGAAGCCUUUAAACAAACCGAUGAAGAGUUCCUGAAACAAGCGGCCAGUCACAAACCGGCAUGGAAAGACGGAACAACUGCCAUCUGCGUUCUGGUUGCAGAUAAUGUCCUUUAUAUUGCCAAUCUUGGAGAUAGCAGAGCUGUGCUUUGUAGGAUAAAUGAAGACACUCAGAAACCCACAGUGCUGAGUUUGAGCAAGGAGCAUAAUCCUACUCAAUAUGAAGAGAGGAUGAGGAUUCAGAGGGCUGGUGGCAACGUGAGAGAUGGCAGAGUUUUGGGGGUGCUAGAGGUAUCGCGUUCUCUUGGAGAUGGACAAUUCAAGCGCCUUGGAGUCAGCAACAUACCAGAUGUAAAAAGAUGUCCACUCAAUCAAAGUGACCGGUUUAUUUUGCUAGCCUGUGACGGGCUUUUCAAAGCCUUUUCAGCAGAAGAGGCUGUAACAUUUAUCUUGACAAAUGUGCAGGAAGAAAGUUCUCCUUCAGAAAACUCUCCUCCAGUCCUUGAUGCUCGGUAUGAAUCUGCAUGCCACCGCCUUGCCAAUGAAGCAGUGCGCCGAGGUGCUGCCGAUAAUGUCACUGUUCUGUUGGUACAGAUCCAACACUGAUAGAGUUGGGGGAUGGAUGGGGCCACACCACAGACGGAUCUAUUCACAGCUUUAAAACCUGUUGUAAAUACGUUUUUCUAUCAUAUGUUCAAUAAGCAAAAAAUCAUUAGCAUUGUUAAUAUUUUACAGUAAGUUUGAUUUGUGUUUUAAAAAUUCUGUAGCAAAAUACAGCUACAGAAAUCUUGCCGAGUAUUUUUGCCCUGAGUGUAAGGUAUGUCUGUGAGAUUACAAGAAGAGCAAAGUGUCUUCAGUUUGAAGCGUGUGCUUUAUAAUGUAGUAUGUCAUUUUUAGGUGUGUAGCAGUAAAUAGCAAGAUGUUUUUUUGUUUGUUUGUUUGUUUUUUUGUAAAUGCCUACAUUUCUGCAUUAUGAAAUAGCACUUUGUGUUAAAAUGUCAACUGUGACUUGUAGAUUAAUGCAUGGUAUGUGUCAGAGAUACUGUGUAACUCGCUUCACCAUGACAUUUGUUAAAGUACUGCAAUGACAUUUUUUUGUAUUAAAAAAAUGAAUGGCCGUCAUGUGAA